AUGGCGCCGUCGUACGAGCUGUCGCUCAUCUACCGGGCCAUGGACAAGACCCAGCUGGCCAAGACCAUCCGUCCCUUGUGCGAGCACCUUUUGCAGCGCGGCAGCAUCAUCCGCAAUGUCCAGACAGAGAACAACACAGACCUGCCCUUCCGCAUGCGCGCACACUUUGAGUACCACACUCAAGGCCGAUAUGCGUACCUGAAAUUUGAUGCGUCGCCCGAGGCCAUGACCUCUGCCCUCGACCUCUGCCGUCUUGAUCAAAACCUGAUUCGUUACAACGUGUUCAAGCAACCAGACAUUACAAAGUACAGCGCGGGACCUCGCUGCAAGCACAUGCGCAAGCCGACCUCUGCGGCUGCACCCAAACCUGCAGCUGCAGAGUAG